AUGGCUACCUUUGAUGAUAACUGGCAGACGAAACGGCCAACUAUCAGCGAGAGAACCAAAUUUAUAUUCAAUAACGAAUUGUUAAGCGAUGUUAAGUUCGUAGUCCCUGCGUCGCUGAACGAAAGUGAAAGACGGAAGAGUCAGAAGAGUAUUCCAGCCCACAAGUUUGUUCUUGCGAUCAGUAGUCCUGUGUUCUUUGCUAUGUUCUAUGGUGAAAUGGCGGAGACUGCAGGCACUGUUCAACUGCCUGACUGUGAUUAUGAGAGUCUGUUAGAGUUGUUUCGUUACUUGUACAGCGAUGAUGUGAAGCUAAGCGGAAGUAAUGUGAUGCAGGUUCUCUACUUGGCGAAAAAAUACAUGGUACCCUCACUGGCUGAUAAAUGCACUGAAUAUCUCCUGAAACAUUUAGAAGCGUCGAAUGUCUUCUCGAUUCUGCCGCAAGCUCAGAAAUAUGAGGAAAAAGAUUUGGAAAAUCAGUGCUGGGGAGUAAUUGAGAAGCACACCCAGAAAGCUCUAAUGUCGGAUGAAUUUCUCACGCUUGAGCGAUCAAUCGUUGCGUCUGUCGUGAAAAGGGAAAUUUUAAAAGUAAAAGAAGUGGAUUUGUUCAAAGCUGUGGAUCGCUGGGCCACUAAAGAACAAGAAAGGCAAGGGAAGACUCCUAGGAGGAAGGUCAAAAGAGAGAUUCUUGGAGAAGAGAUUGUGAAAGCGAUACGUUUUUCAUUGAUACCAGAGAAGGAGUUUGCUUCAGUUGUUUUGGAUUGUGACAUUUUGACUGAAACAGAGAUUUGUGACAUGAUUAAGCACUACAAUGAGAUAGAUUUAAAAUCUCCUCUAACAUUCAUGCAUUCCCCUAGAUGUCAUAGAUUCCAUCGAUGUCAUAGAUUUGCAAUUCUUAGAAGCCCUGGACUGAUCUCAGAUGAUCCCAGGGGCCAUAGUGGCGUUCGUCUUAGUGCUCUUAAUAUAACUGUCAACAAACCUGUCAGGUUACAUGGAGUACAGCAUUUUGGCCGUGACGGUGGCGAGUACACUGUUUCAUUAGAAGUGAAAGAUGCAAAAACUGGCAUUUCUCUUGCAGAACAAUUAGGAUCCUACAUUUCAGAAAAAGAUGACACACAUGCUUGCGUGUAUUAUGGCUUUGAUGUUGAGUUCGAUAACCCAGUUUGUCUUGAGACAAACAGAACAUAUGAGAUAAUAUCUCGUGUAAAUGGCCCGAUAUCUUGGUUUGGAGAAAUAGGCCAACAAACUGUUGAAAUUCAAGAAAUCAGAUUUUCAUUUAGCAAUUCAGCUGCUUCCAUCUGUGGAACCUCUGUAUCUAGAGGCCAGUUUCCCGCCUUUCUUUUCAGUCCAUGGUAG